AUGAUAUAUAAAUCAGUUGAUUCGGCUACUAAUCAAGAUGAUGUAGUCAACUAUCCACCGGAAUUUUUAAACUCGCUGGAUUUGCCAGGAUUGCCACCUCACAAUCUUCAAUUAAAGGUUGGAUCGGUGGUUAUAAUGUUGCGAAUAUCAACCAACCGCGUCUUUGCAACGGUACACGGAAAGUAUAAAGGAGAAGAUGUUCUCAUACCGCGCAUCCCAAUGAUUCCGACUGAUGUGCCAUUUGAGUUUAAACGACUACAGUUUCCAGUGCGUCUUGCUUUUGCUAUGACUAUAAACAAGUCACAGGGGCAAUCAUUAAGUGUUUUGGGUAUUAAUCUAGAAAACCCAUGUUUCUCACAUGGUCAAUUGUAUGUUGCCUGUUCCCGUGUUGGAAAACCAUCAGAUUUGUAUCUAUGCGCCAGGUAA